GAUGAGGGACACCGUCAACACCCAGUACGACUCCUUCCUUUACUGGAGGAUGCCCAUUCCGGAACUGGACCUGACCGAGCUGGAAUGCCUGGGGCUGGCCGACAUGGUAGCCUACAAGCCCAAGGGAGGCUACGGCAGCAUCGCCGGAGCCCGGAAGAAACAGAACAACGGCAUCUCGGACGGAGAAGACGAUGAGGACCGGAGCCUUGUCCAGUUCAACAGCUUCAAUUUCUGGAGGGCUCCGAUUGCCAGUGUCAGCGCUUUCGACUUCGACCUCGUCUGAUGCGGCUGAGCCUCCGUUUGUUAGCGUGACCAGCGUGAAGGCCGUUCCUUUGUCG